UGCCACGUCAGAUGGGUGACCAAGCAAUCUUCCGGAUAGAUAUCCGGACCUAGAAGUCUCAUUUUUCAAUUUGCUCCCAAGGCCAAGCAUGAACACGCCCACCGCAACUGUCAUCGCCGCUGUCGUCGCCGCCGCCGUCGCCCUGUACUGGGUCGUGCGGUCCGUCUUCCUCUGGCGCCUCAAGCGUCGCUACCAAGGCAAGCCCUACGUCCUUGGCCGUCAUCAGUGGCGCCUUGAAGACUGCGCCGGACCUCAUUGGUGCAACGUGUGCGACUCGGUCGCCAACAACGUCAAGCGCACGGUCCUCGCGUGCGACGUCUGCGGCAAGAAGGCGCACGAAGCGUGCAUUCUUCGGCAGUCGGCCGGCGACCACAGCUGCCGGUGCAAAGUCGCGGCCAACGCGACGUACAACUCGCAUUUCUGGGUCAAGAACAACAUUGACGCGGGCAGCUCUUGCACGAUUUGCGACGGCUCGUGCUUCGGAACGAACGCGUUCCAGUGCGCGUGGUGCCGUGACGUGGUGCACGAGUCGUGCGGUCGCACCCAGACGUGCGGGUACGGGCCGCACCGUCGCCUCGUCUUGGCGCCGACGUCGGUGACGACGCAAGACACGCCGGUGACAACUGCCAACACCGCGCAGCACGAGACAUGGGGUCAUUCUUUCAUUUUUGGGUUUCGAAACAAGGUCGUCCAAUGCCUGCCCCGCAUGGGAACGGCGACCAACCCGAUCGUCAUCCAGGACGACGACGACGACCGAAUGCAGCCGUACAAGAUCGUCACGCCGCGCAAGACGACACCGCUCCUGGUGUUUAUCAACGGCAAAAGCGGCGGUCAGCAAGGCACUUACGUCGUCCAGCAAUUCCUCAAGCAUCUCAACCCGCUUCAGAUCUACGAUUUGCAUGCUUCGGGCGGUCCGCGAAGCGCGCUCGUUCAGUUUCGCCACGUGGAAGGCCUCAAGAUCGUUGUGUGUGGCGGCGACGGCACCGUGGGCUGGGUGCUUGGCACGAUUCGCAAUCUGGUCGAAGAAGAACUCCUCAGCGACCAGCCGCCCGUCGCGAUCCUGCCGCUAGGCACCGGCAACGACCUGGCGCGGUCCUUGAACUGGGGCGGUGGCUACGCUCGUGGGCCCAUCUCUGACACUUUGGACGACAUCGCCAACGCCGAUACGCGCGCGCUGGAUUGCUGGCGCAUCUCCAUGGACGGCCGGAAGACGUGCACGCUCCAAAACUACUUCAGCGUGGGUGUCGACGCGCAGGUGGCGCUCGAGUUCCACGAGAAGCGCAAGGAAUCGCCGGGGCUCUUUGCCAACCAAUUGACCAACAAGGCUUGGUACACCUGGUUCGGUGCCAAGAACCUGGUCACGCCGACGUGCGCCAACCUCGAGGCCAAGGUCAAGCUCUACUGCGACGGCCAGCGCAUCCAGCUCCCAGCCGAGACGGAAGCGGUCAUUGUCACCAACAUCGACAGCUACGCUGGCGGCACGAAGCUUUGGCGCAAUGAUGCUACGCCCGCCUAUGGCCAGCGGGAUGCGCGAGGCCGCCACACGGCGCUCCGACCUACCGCCAUGGACGACGGCCUCCUCGACGUUGUGGCUGUCGGCAGCACGAUGCACCAGGGCGCCAUUCACCUCGGACUCGCCAGCGCCACUCGCGUCUGCCAAGGCGAGAAGAUCGAUCUUCAACUUCGUGAGUCGCUGCCUGUCCAGGUCGACGGCGAGCCCCACCUCCAGGAAAAGGGCCGCAUUCGCAUCAUUUUCUCGCACCAGGCCGAGAUGCUCGAGAAGACGCUUGGUUGACGCCUUGUCAUCGAGUCGCUGAACGAGCAGACGACCUCGUCCGUAGAUCAGCCUUCCAGUAGACAGUCUACUAACUAACGAUUCACAGUGUGCUGCACUGAAAACGUGGCGCCGCGAACUCGCAUCGAUACUGUCGACACGUCUCGACACAUCGAUGUAGGCUUGCGGCCCAUCGUUUUCUCUGGAGCACACUGCUCUAGUAUUUCGUCUUCAUCUUCUACGCAAUACUCUUGGGAUCUUGGUACUUACAUGCAAAAGGUAGAUGAGC